GAAACAAGUUUCACAAUUUUUCUCUUUCUCGCGGAACGGAACGAAAAGUAACUUCACGGACAAACGAAAAUAAUUUACAAAGAGUGCAGCCAACAAAUUGAAAUCAAAAAUCGUAUCAACUAAAAAAAAACGUGGCUGUUUUGCGAAAAUGCGAUCCGAAACAUGAAAAAAAUCAUUUUCAAUAAAGUGAAUUAAACAGUGAACAUUAAUAUACAAUUGUAAGGAAACUCAACGGAGAGAAAAUAACUGAAACGCGAACGCAGCUGCUUACCGUGGAAGUGACAAAGACCGACGGCAAAACAGUGGAGCGGAUAAAAUUAGUCGUGCGUAACAUAACUACGAUAAACAAAAGAUUUUAUAGCGGCUAAUUAGAAACGUUAAAAAUUUUGUAAAACUAAACUACAAGGAUCUACACACUCGUUUUAAACAACAAAAUGGAUACUUUUAAUCAAAUAUUCAAUGGCGGAAGUGAAAAAGGUUGAUGAUAAUGUUAUCUUCAAUAUAAAAAUGCCCAAUGCAAUAUAAACAAGAGAACUAAAUAUAUAUUUUUGAGUGUGUUACAUAUUAUAAAUAAACGGAAAACUCGGUCAUUUAAUAAACAGAAAGUGCUAAAAUAAAUAAAUUAUAAACUCCUUUGAGGAGUUCAAAGUGCAAGUGACUCUCAAAUUCAAUUUAAAAAGUGUGCUAAAAAUUCAACUAUGCCCAGUCGCCACUAAGAAAUUAUGGAUAAACGGCUUAGCGACAGUCCCGGAGAUUGUCGCGUUACCAGAUCCAGCAUGACGCCCACUCUGCGCCUCGAGCAGAGUCCCAGGCAGGAGUCCCAUCCGCAGGAUACCGGCGCUACUGCCCAAGGUAGCAAGUCAAAGUCCCCCACUCCAUUGCCCGGAAAAUCUCAGGCGGCUCAGCACCAUCAGUUCCGAGCUCCGCAGCAGCAGCAGGGGCCCAAGAAUAGGAACAAGGCCUGGAGCAAGCGACAGCACAAGGCCGGCGGAAAGCAUAAUGCCAGUGCCUGCGUUGGCGCCAGUAGCGCUCAGGCUUCAUCCACAGGAUCCUCUGCCCCGGUUGCGCCCCUCCUACCCACAUCCACGUCGGCGGCGGCUGCCCACAAAGCAGAUCUUGAGAACAUUCAGAGUAUCCAAAACAAGAACCAGGUUGCAGGCAGCGGUGGCAGCCAACAUGGCAACACAGGAGCCACCCAUCACGGCGGCGGCGGAGGAGGGGCCCAUCACGGCGGCGCAGGAGGUGGCGGGGGCGGCGGUGGACACCAUCAUCACCACAACACGAGGCUGGCGCAAAAUGCAGCUGCACAGGGAGGUGGCGGAGCCAUGCAGCUCUAUAAGAAGAUGCUGCCCCACAGGGGUCACCAUCAUCACGUGCUGUGUGCCGGCAACAAUGCAAAUCAUGCUUGCUGCCUGGUCACCGGCUGCAAUGGCAGCUCUGCCGGCGGAGUUGCAGCGACAGGAGGCGUUGGCACCGGCAGCGGCGUGGGAGGACCAGCAGGUGCUGCUGGCAGCGGCGCAACCUGCAAGGAGGCGCAGAGCUGCAAGGACACUAGCUCGCUGAGCGGCAACAGCAGCAUUUCGAGCAGCGCAGCGGCAGCCAAUGCGGUGCACUACUGCUGCGGACGCUCCAAGUUCUUCCUGCCGGAGAAGCGGCUGCGCAAGGAGGUGAUCGUGCCGCCCACAAAGUUCUUGCUGGGCGGCAACAUAUCUGAUCCCCUGAACCUCAACUCGCUGCAGAACGAGAACACGUCGAACGCAUCCUCCAGCAACAACACGCCGGCAACGACGCCGCGCCAGUCGCCCAUCACCACACCCCCCAAGGUGGAAGUUAUCAUACCGCCCAACAUCCAUGACCCACUGCACCUGCUCGACCCCGUCGACUCGAUGGAGUACGAGAAGCAGCUGACGUCCCCGAUGAAGCGGGGCGGAGUGGGUGGCGUGGGCGGCGGCAUGCUGCAACUGCAUCACCGGCAGCACCACCAUCGAACGCGCAAGAACCGGAAAAGGAGGCGCAUCGACUCCACCAACGCCUCGCAUGCCAGCGAUGAGUCGGUGGCUGGCGGAGGCGGGGGCCCUGGCUGUGGUGGAGGUGAAUUUCCCGAAGAGACCCCGCUACCCACGGCCAGUUCCUCGCUGGCGGCGUCGCCAGUGGCAGCGCCUGCGAACGCUAGCAGUGGCAGUUUGCUGCUGAGCGAAUCCGCUGCUCCGGCGGCGGGCGAGACAGCGGAAUCGGGCCAAGAGCAGGCGCAUGUGCGCUCUCCGCAGGCAGCGACAACGGUCACGGCUGAGAUGCCGACGCCGACGUCAACCGAGGCAGCGGCUGCGACAGAGGAGCAAGUGGAACAGGCUGCGUCGAAGGCGCCCGCAGCAACGUCAUCACCGCAGCGGCAGCAACAUGUGGCCACUGCUGCCGAGGAUGUGCCUGCUGCCACCACCGCUGCCGCAGAGCCGCCGGCUGAGCUGCUGCUCAGUUGCUCCGCAGCUACGUCGGCUACGCUGGCGGUGGCGUCGACGCUGGCAGAGCGACGGGCGCAGGCCAGCCGUGAUUUGCGCCUGGAUUUAUCCAGCACGUGCUACGGCGUCGGCGGCACGGGGCUGAGUUUUGGAAGCAGCAGCGCAACCAGCGUGGGCAGCGGCAGCGGAGGAGGCGGCGGCAGAAAGAGAAAAAUCAGCGAGAGCAAUAAUUCGCAAAAGAGCAAGAAAUUCCAUCGACAUGAUGCCAUGGACAAGAUUGUUAGUCCUGUGGUUCCGCAACCCGGUGCCUGGAAGCGGCCUCCGCGCAUUCUUCAACCAAGCGGAGCCCGAAAGCCCAACACACGGCGCUCGACAUCAUUCAGCGAAUCGGAGUUGCUUAGCCCCGUUGAGGAAGUGGCGCCCAAGCAGUUGCCCCUCAUAGAAGUGGAAAUACCCCGAGAUGACACGCCAGACUUGCCAGAGCAUGGACUGGGCAGCCCACUGAGCACUACAUCAGCGGCCACUUCGCACACGGCUGGUGAGCAGGAUUCCCUAGCCGGGACGGAUACCAGCAUGGCGGAGGGCUUGGCGUCACUGGCUCCAGUUCAACCUUUGGAGACCAGCAGCAGCCGUUUAAUGCUGCAGCCGGCCAUGAUUCCUCCACUCAAAGUGCUGCCAAAAUUCAGGGCAGAUGGGGUAAAGUACCGUUAUGGUAACUUUGAUCGCUACGUGGACUUUCGGCAGAUGAACGAGUUUAGGGAUGUGCGACUGCAGGUGUUCCAGCGUCAUGUAGAGCUGUUCCAGAACAAGGACAUCCUGGACAUUGGAUGUAAUGUGGGACACAUGACCAUCACAGUGGCCAGGCAUUUGGCGCCGAAAACGAUUGUUGGCAUCGAUAUUGAUCGUGAGCUUGUGGCUCGGGCCAGGAGGAAUUUGUCGAUCUUUGUUCGUAUACCCAAGGAGGAAAAAUUGCCUGAUGUGAAGGCAGAGGCAGGAUUGGACGUGAAAGUAGAGCCAAAAACAGAACCUGCGGGAGAAGAGGCUUCCGGAACAGCGCACAAGAAAACGCGACGUGGCAAAAAGCGGCGGCAGUCACUUGGACAUCAACCAAAUCGUCAUCAUCAUCAUCAUCACCAUCACCACCACCAUCAUCAUCAUCAUCAACAGGAGCUAGAGGAGCUGCAGCAGCAGCAAAAGCUAGACGCCUUGCUAGUGAAGCCUCACGAGUUCUUUCCCAUCUCAUUUCCACUUACCUACGGGGGCAUUCCUCAUGUGCCGCCUUCAGGCAAGUCGCCCAAUAUCAACAAGAACCAGUUCCCGGCGAACGUCUUCUUUAGACACACCAACUAUGUGCUCAAGGACGAAUCCUUGAUGGGCAACGAUCAACAGCAAUACGAUCUCAUUUUGUGUCUCUCGGUGACCAAGUGGAUUCAUCUCAACUUUGGCGAUGCCGGCCUGAAGAUGGCCUUCAAGCGGAUGUUUAACCAGCUGCGUCCCGGAGGAAAGCUGAUACUGGAGGCCCAGAAUUGGGCCAGCUACAAGAAGAAAAAGAACCUGACGUCGGAGAUCUACAACAACUACAAGCAGAUUGAGUUCUUUCCCAACAAAUUCCACGAGUACUUGCUGAGCUCGGAGGUGGGAUUUAGCCACAGCUACACUCUUGGCGUGCCGCGACAUAUGAACAAGGGCUUCUGCCGGCCUAUUCAGCUCUAUGCAAAGGGUGACUAUACGCCAAACCAUGUACGUUGGAGCGAUGCCUACUAUCCGCAGACCCCGUACGAGGCAUACCGUGGCAUCUAUGCUACCCUGCCUGCCCAUCGAAUGGGCGGUGGCGGCGGUAGCAGUGCUGGUGGCAGCCAUGGCGGCCAUGCCCAGCUUCUACACCUAAGCAGCUCCAGUCGGUCGCAGAACUACGAUACGCCGCAUUAUGCGGGCAGUGCCUCCGGCUCGGCCAGCUGCCGGCAGACGCCGAUGUAUCAGCCUACCUACAACCCGCUGGAGACGGACUCAUACCAGCCCAGCUACGACAUGGAGUAUCUCAAUCAUAUGUACGUGUUUGCAUCGCCGCUCUACCAGACCGUCUGGUCACCACCGGCCUCGCUGCGCAAAAGCAGCUCACACACGCCGGUCUUUGGAAGCGUUCGCGACGCCGAGCUGGACGGCGAUGGCAGCAUCGGUGGCGGGGGCAGCGGAGGCGGCAGCUAUCACCGGCAUGUCUAUCCCCCCAACGACGACACCUGCUCGCCGAAUGCCAACGCCUGCAAUGCAUUUAACUCAAUUCGCGAUGCGGACACGGAUGACUCGAAUCAGCUGCCUGGAGGAAGUCGACGGCAUGUGUAUGCCACCAACUGUGGAGAGAGCUCCUCUUCGCCGCAGGUGAAUCAUCACGAGGCAGCCGGCGAUGCUCUCAUGGACGACGCACUUAUGGACGAUGAGCAAAAGUCGUCCAAUGGUGGUGGUGGAGCGGGAAGCGGCAGCGCGGCUUACUGUGAUUUGUCGGAUGCCUAGAAGAGGGUCGGCGAUGGCCGAAAAAAUGUGUCAAAACGAAGCAAAAAAAUGAAAAAAUCGAAAAAGCUUAAGGCAAGCCGCAACAGGUUUUCGAAAGGAAAAAUAUGAAAUGUAACCGUAAACGACAGACGCUUAUGAUUUUCUAUGGUAUAAUGUGCGUAUUUAUAUAUUUUUAUAUAUUGUGACAUAUAUAUACAUAUAUAUAUAUAUAUAUACAAAUAUUCAGAUCUAUAUAUACAAUGAUUAGGUGUACUGCAUGUAGACUUUAUAGCUGUAGGUUAUGCUAACCGUUUUUGCUAAAAACGCUUUAUGGUUGACACUUGAUUUGAUCCUGUUGGCAGUUUAGUUUGUAAUCCUAGUUUAAAAUCCCAUAUAAGCAAUGCAUACACAUGUAUACACACACACACAUGAACACACUUACACACACACACCCACAAACAUAUACUUCAAGCUGUAGCUUUAAAUAUAUGAAUUAUAUAGUGUGUUAUAAAAUAUUUAGGAAACGUGAAAGAAGCCAUGAAAUGCAACUAUUUUUUAUUACAAUUUUGGCAAAGCAAAACAAAGAAAAUGAAAUACAAAAUAAAUUAUAUUAAUAAGCUCAGUGGCAAAGCAAGAAAAUACAAUACAUUAUUAGAGAGUAUAAUUAUAAAGAACUAAAUUAGUUUAAAGCCUAGGCGCAGUGCUUAUAUCUAAGCAAGAGCGUACUAUUAUAUUAAAUCCUUGAUCAAUAGCAAAAGUCGAUCCGAUCUUUCCCCAUAGCCUUUUCCCACCUUCCGAGAGGUAAGCGGAACUCAUGCGUUUUUUUAACUUUGCAAUGUUUUUGAAACGUUAUUAAGGAUUAUUUUAUUUUUUUCUGAGAAAAUAAUUGUAGAUGAAAAAAGU